AUGCAAGAAUAUAAUUCUGUUCCUGAUAUAUUUCUUGAGGAAGCUGAAGAAGCAACACGCCAAUUAUUGCCUGCCAAGUCCAGGGAACAUUAUGAAAAAGUAUUUUCCGAAUUGAAUGAAUGGAAAGAAAAACGGAGGGAGGAGAAGAAGAAGGAGGAGAAGAAGGAGGAAAAGAAGGAGGAAAAGAAGGAGGAAAAGAAGGAGGAAAAGAAGGAGGAAAAGAAGGAGGAAAAGAAGGAGGAAAAGAAGGAGGAAAAGAAGGAGGAAAAGAAGGAGGAAAAGAAGGAGGAAAAGAAGGAGGAAAAGAAGGAGGAAAAGAAGGAGGAAAAGAAGGAGGAAAAGAAGGAGGAAAAGAAGGAGGAAGAGAAGGAGGAAACGAUUGAUGAAGAGAACAAUUAG